GUCCCGGCGCAUUUAGCACAUACCCGCCUGCGGUCACACUAAUUAAAGCCCACGAUAAUAAAACGCCUGGAAUUGUUUAAUUUUAUUUGUAAAUAAGCCUGGGAGAAUUGCAGGAGCGUCAUGAAUCAGUUCCAUACUCCUUCAUUCGGCGACGAGGUGUUUGAGCUGACCGACACGCCGGCGGAGAGCCAGAGCCCCAGCCAAGCCUCGCGGAGAAUGCUUAGCCUGGAUCAAUCCAUGUUGAACGACGAUGACGAGGAGCAUUGCGACACAUAUGCCAGCGGCGGCGGGCAGAACUUGCUGGUUCAGCCGGAGCAGCAGCAGCAGAACCAGGCCAUGGCGCAGGCACCUUCCAAACCUCUGGCGCCCUUUGCUCUGUUCUUUCGGGACACCGUGACGGCCAUCAAGCAGCAGAAUCCGUCCUGCUCGUUGGAGCAAAUGCAAGUGAUAGUGCAAACCAUGUGGGAGUCCCUGGACGAGACGCAGAAGAACGUCUAUGCCCUACGGCACGAGCAGGAGAAGCGCGAGUAUGUCCGUCUGAUGAGGGGCUAUCGCCACCAGCUGUCCGAGUCGGAGGCCACGUCGGAGUCAGAGGCCCCACCAGCAGUAGCUCCCAAUCAGCCACCCCCUCUAGUCACAACCAAAUUGGAGUCUGUCGAGGAUCUGCAACAGUCGGUGGAUGCCCAGCAGGAGCCGCCGCCCGAUCAGAUACAGCUCCUCACCGAAGCGGCUAGGGUGCAGAAGUGCACCCGGGAACAGUGCAAUAAGCCGGCCAUCAUAAAUCCGGACUGGGAGGACGAGUACUGCAGCAACGAGUGCGUCGUCAUCCACUGCCGGAAUGUGUUCAACCACUGGGUAAUAUCCAUGAACUCAUAGCUGCCACCCGCUACGCCGAGUCUAGAUGUAAACUCUUUUCAUACGCUGCACAGUUCUAGCCUGGCGAGCCCACACUCGGCAGGCUGAACGAAUAUUAUUAAGGAUUAUAUGACUGGAAGGCACUUAACUAUACGAUAAUUAUUGUAAUCCCAGUUUCAAUUGUAAUUAGCAUCUGUGGGGAAUUUAAAUGAAUGCGGAACGCGCUUUGUAUGAUACUUUAAUUGUAGGAAAUAGCGAAUAGAUAACAUGUAGAACGGAGAAGUAAGAAUUUACAAAGCAUUUGGUUUGAGGCCCAAUAGAUUCAUUAUUUCGAUAAAUUGUAAAGUAUAUUGUUUUUAUUUAGAAAAGAUUUCACUAUUAGUUGGUAGCUUUAUUUUUAAGAUUCCACCCCCAGCCGAAUGAAAAUAAAAGCCAUUUUUAAUAUAUGGUAACUUUUAAUAAAUACACACAUUUAUUACUCUUGCACUUCAUUAUCAAUGUAUCAAUGCCGUUGCUUACAAAAAUUCACUUUCGCUCGCUUCGUUCAAUAUUUACCAAAUAAGUAAAAUUUAUAAAUAAUUUUAAAAAUAAAAUGUUAGAGACGUUUCCUUGGUUGCCUUGCUGAAGUAAUGCGCCAUUGUUACGAGUACGAGUUAAAUAAACAACAGUAUAAAAAGUUCAAGCUUAAA